UUCUUAACCUGGUCUCUCUAGUGUGAGUUACAUUCAAAGAACACUGAAAGAACACACAAAGUGUUAUUCUUAGUCUGUCAGGAUUGGGUUGCAGUGGUUUAUGUGGAUGAACUGCCAUGGAGACAGACGGGCUGACCAUCAUGUACCCUGAGUCUGACCCCCGUGCUGCAGGUCCCCGGUGUCUGUCGUUCCCCUGACGGUUGCUCUUCGUGUCUGCAUCUGACUUCCUGCCCUGGAGAUUUCAUGUCUCCACCUCUUCCAGACACUGCGUACAGUCUUGCCUUGUCUCCCACCCUGGGUCUCUGUUUGUUCAAAGUCUCAAACUGUCUCACUGACUUACCAUGAUUUCCUGUAACGCUGUCUCGCUCUGUCCGUUAUUUCCUGUAAUGCUGUCUCACUGUCUAACUCUGGUCUCUUCCAGUGCUAUGAAGGCCCACCACCCCCAGAUCAUGGCAUUUUACUUUGCAGCAGAGAGCAGCAAGGAGAUGUACAAGUGGCUGAGUAAACUGUCCGAGCAGGUUUCCUCACAGGAUGCAGCCACAGAUGGAAACACUGGAGAGUGUUACAGUGAAGCAAGCGAUCAUGAGGAGGCCGAGUCGAUGGAAGUUUCUUCGAAUUCGGAGCAGGCGACCACAGCCUCUGGGAGCCUCCCUUCACCUUCCAUCACAUCCUCCCCCAAUGAGACCGCAGGCUCCGCCCCCUCCCCUGUCUCCGCCUCCUCCCCUGUCUCCGCUGUGACAUCACAGAACUCCCCUCUGGCCAAUCACAGCCAGUCCUGGCUGAACAUUUCCAUGACCUCCUGCCCUGAGAGUGCAGAGACCACAGUGUGCUGCAUGCAGGACCUCCCUGAGCACCCCCUACAGCCUGAAGCUCACACCGGCGAGGGUUUCCACAGACCCCCGUCAACCCUGGACCCCCCGGUGAUUGUGCUGAGCGGGGAUCACCAGGUGGACCAGGUGACGUCACCCUCAUCAGAACCGAAGGACGACGGGUGUCAAGAAGCCGCUUCUGAUGAAAUGGAGAAACUGUACAUACAUCUAAAGGAAGCGAGCCUAUCUCCCACCGGAGAGCGCAAGCCUUCCACCAAAAGGGAAUUCAGAAGCUCCUUCAUAAAGCGCUGCAAAAACCAGAACAUCAAUGAGAAGCUGCACCUCAUGAGGACUCUGAACAGCACUCUAAAGGCUAAAGAGGCAGACCUGCUGACCAUCGAGCAGGUGCUGGCCGACCCCAGUCUGAGCGCGCUCAAAUACAGAGAGUGGAAGGAGGCCAACUUUCUGCUGCUCCAGGAAAUUUUCGACCGGCAACGGCCUCAGGGGGGCAGUGUGGAGCAACCUGUCGCUGCUGCCUGCAUCUUCGCAGAGACCAGUGUGUGAACAGGCACCUCCUAGCCAUCCCCUCUGUCCUUGGAGGGGAGUUUAGCUGGUACCACUGGACCUCGAAACACCUGUCAGGUGUGUGACCUUCCUCUCAAAACCACCUGCUCUGGCAGUCCUCCAGCGUCCUCAGAGAACGGCUGUCCACAGGGGACCCCGGGAGAAAAGCAAUCCUUUGAGGAGCCAUUGAACACUCAAAAGUUUUAAAAUGUCCUUUUAGUUUUUAAAUUUUUAAUGUACAAGUAUGUGAUUCACAUUAUACCGUAUAUAUUUCCAUAACAUUAAUUGGAUUUAUUGCAUAGACACCUCAAGCUCAGCCAAACA